AUGACUAACUGCAGAAGAAAACUAAGCUGAUUUUACAUAUAAAUGAUUUAGCAAUUAUUCAAAGAGACAAUUAAAUGUAGCAUUACAUAGAAUCACCCUGUACAUUUUGUAAAGGAUGUCUGCAAAUAAUCUGCUUCCACUUCCCGGGGAAGGUACCGCCCUCUUUACGCUGAUUGGUUAGUUUAUUAAAGCAGUAGUGCAACGUCUCGCAUCGAUUGGCCAAGGGACGUCACGUGACCGGAGGAGUGCAAUCAAGUAUUCUUACUGGUAUAUGUAACUGGUGUUGUAAGGGUGAGUUAUCGACCAGGAGUAAAUAAUUACAAAUCAAGUACGGCUUUUAAAGUAGUAGUAAGUAGCAUCCCGAUUCUGUAUUAUAUAUAUGCGUUUGCAUGAGCUAGUAUCGUUAGUUGCUAUCAAUGUUUACGGCUGAUUUGCUUACAGCGUUCAUGACACAAGCAUGCGGAACACUCGGGACUUUGUUCAUAUAACCGUGACAGUAGCGUUACCUGGAGAUCAUGGUGACUGUACAGUUUGAGCAGAUGUAAUGUUAUCAUUGAUUUGCCUGACUCAUUCUUGAAUGAGAUUAGAGCUUCAUUGAAUAACAUUUAGUUGGCCACGAAAUCCGGACUGAACCCAGGAUUCAGUUUCGUGCCUUCCAGACCCUCUCCAUCUGUCUCUUCCUUUUUCUUUCUUUGCCUUUCUCCUGUGUCAUAAUUUUCGGCUGAAUGCAGCAGGCUUUGCCUCGGAUUAGUAGAGUAGCUAAGAGGGUUCAGCGAAUUGGAGCCCAAAUCAUCCCAAUGGCUCAGAACUGCAAUGCAUCCUCCACGCAGAAAGAUGGUGCUGUCACAGCAGCUGUUCUCAUCAUAGGAGAUGAGAUCCUCAAGGGUCACACUGUUGACACUAACAGUGCCUUCUUGUGCCGUGGGCUUCGCAAGCUUGGCAUCACCAUAGAGCGAAUCACUGUGGUACCUGACGUCCAGGAAGUCAUUGCUAAAGAAGUGGCACAGCUUUCCUCCUCCGUUACUCACCUCAUCACAUCUGGUGGCAUCGGUCCCACCCAUGACGAUGUCACUUUUGAGAGUGUUGCUAUGGCAUUUGGCGAAGGUCUGCAUGCUCACCCUGAACUGACAAAGCUAGUAGAGGGGUUCUUUGGCCCGGUCACUACCAACAGUGCCCAAAUGAAGCUUGCCAUGGUUCCUGUUUCUGCCAAACUCAAUUUUGGCAUAGACCCUCAGACAGGCCAGCGAAAUCGCUUCCCACUAGUCAGUGUCCGCAAUGUAUACAUAUUUCCGGGCAUCCCCUCUCUGCUGGAAAAGUCUUUCAGUGGCCUUACCCAUCUGUUUUCAGGUUCUGGUACCACCUUUCACACCCGUGAGGUGUUUGUGAAUGUGGAUGAGACUGAUAUCGCCCAGUGUCUAACAAAACUGCAGGCAGGUUGGGGCAAGCGCGUCUCUCUGGGCUCUUACCCAGACUGGCUUAGUAAUUAUCAUCGUGUCCGAUUGGUUUUGGACUCUGACAGUGCAGAAGAGGUGGAACGAGCAAGAACUCAACUGAUAGAAGAGCUGCCUGAAGGCUCUGUGGUUCCUCUUGUCACGGACCCGGUGUCAGUCACAGCUGAAGAAGUGUACGCGCUCUCGAAAAGUGAGACAGUGCUGGGGAAGAAAGUAGCUGCAGCACUGGGGACCAUUGAGAUGGCGCUGGAGAAAUACUCGACUAAUGAAAUCUGUGUUGGCUUCAAUGGUGGCAAGGACUGCACAGCUCUACUGCAUUUAUAUUAUGCUGUUCUGAAACGGCGGUAUCCAGAUAGUAGAGACAGAUUGAGAGCUCUUUACAUUCGAAUUGUCUCUCCUUUUCCAGAAAUGGAGAGGUUUUUGCAGGAUACAAUCAAAAGAUAUGACCUGGAGCUGUUCUCAGUGGAGGGUAAUAUUCGGCAGGCUCUGCAUGAGGUCCGGGAAAGGAGGCCAGAUUUACAGGCGGUUCUGAUGGGAACGAGACGGACCGACCCUUACUCGCACACACUGACACCCCUCUGUCCCACAGACCCGGGCUGGCCUGAAUACAUGAGGGUCAACCCACUGCUGGAAUGGACAUAUCAUGACAUCUGGUCGUUCCUCAGAACUUUAUAUGUGCCUUACUGUAUUCUGUAUGACAAAGGUUACACUUCUUUAGGCAGUAUGGAUAACACAUGCAGGAAUCCAUCUCUUAAAGUGGUGGACCAGAGAGGUGUGACUUGCUACAAACCUGCCCACAAGCUGGAAAAUGAGGAGGAGGAACGCAACUCAAGGGCAUGACUGACUGACUUAGACAUCUUAAUCAUUUUUUU